GUGUGUGUGUGUGUGUGUGUGUGUGUGUGAAUGAAAUGCUUUUGUCUAAAGUAGAUGAUUAAAAAUGCAUCUUGAUUAUUUAUUUAUUUGUUUGUUUGUUUAUUUAUUUAUUUAUUCGAUUUCUGUACUACCCUUCCAAAAGGCUCAGGGUGGUUUACACAGAGAAAUAAUAAAUAAAUAAGAUGGCUCCCUGUCCCCAAAGGGCUCACAAUCUAAAAAGAAACAUAUAGACACCAGCAACAGUCACUGGAGGUGCUGUGCUGGGGGUGGAUAUGGCUAAUUAUAGAAGAUUGCUAUAGAAUAAUCCAUAUUCAAAGCAAGGGCACAAUACAUUUGCAUCUCAAAAUGUUUUUCAGUCCUAAUUUAGCAGUAUUUUAUGUAUCUUACGAAGCUCAUUCUGCAUUUGAGCAAAUAGAGCAAUUCAUGUAAGACAUUGCAUGGAAGCAGCUAUGGAUUGAGUAGAACAUAUUCAUAAUUGCAUUGAUUUCUGUUUUAUACGUAUAUGAGAAAUGGCCGUUCUGUUGUUUAUGAUGAAAUGUUCAGCUUUAGAAACAGUUACAUAUAUCCAAACUAAAAUUUGUGUGUGGGGAAUGCUUCCGUGUGCAAGGAAGUGGAGGAGGAGUGAUUUUCAGCAAUCCCACCUUCCCUGUGCAAUUGCCCGUGUCUCCCAAAAACAUAUCUCGGAGUGUCCUGCAACACUCCGGCACAUUUGGGGUGGGGGACACAGGUGGAUGCAGAGGGAAGAAGGAAUCCCCCAAAUUACCCCUCCCUUCUAUGUGCACACAGAAGUGUUCACCACGUAUACUCUUAGUUUGUGUGUAGGGCAAUGAUUUCUCAAUAAUGCAGAUAUCAUUUUAGUUGAAUAUGUUGGUAAAUCUCCAGAGGGGAAGCUGUUCUAGCCUGUUGUCGCAACAAUGAAAAAAAAAAGCACUGAAACAGCAUUAAAACAAUCAGAUUUAUAUGUUUUCAUGAUUUGGAGAAGUUUUUGCUUCAUCAGAUAAAUGUGUAAGGAAAGAUUGAUACAGGCAUAACACUUCUGUUCUCUUAACUGUGGAGGGUUGCCCAUUAAUUCCCCUGCUGCUGCUGCUGCUCCUCCUGCUCCUCUUCCUCCUCCUUCUAUCCUUAAUUAUUGAUAAGGGCACCAACCUUAACUAUGGGACUGUUCUUAACAGGGAAUUUAAUCCUUAGUUUCAAAUCCUGCUGAAUCUCUGGUUAGCAUUAACCAUAAUUCUUGACCAUGGUUAAGGUCAGCAGGGAGGUGGCAGAGGAAUUAAUGUGCAAGAGGGGAGGGAGCACAUAAUCCUUCACCUUGCUCCUGCUCUCUUAAUCCUGGCUAAGGAAUCAGUAGCACCACAUCUGCUCAAUCCAACAUGUUAACGGUUAUGCUUCAUCUUGUUUUCAAAACAGCACUCUGCUUUCAUCUGAGGAAGUUCAUGGUGUAAUUAUAUAUAACAUACAUACACAUAUCUAGUAUUAUAUGUAGGUUUCUAAUUUUAAUUAUAUGUUUACUAAGUUUUUUGGAUGUUAUGGCCGUUUUAAUGCUAAUUGGUAGAAUGUGUUUUUCCUUUCGGAAUGAGUGGAUACAGCUUAAUUUAAUUAUAAUUAAGUAAUUAUAAUUAAGUAAUUAUUUCAGGAUUUGCAAUGUUGUAAUAGUUUUAAUCAGCCAGCUUUAGUCACCAUUGUAAUAUUACAGGACAAAUCUUCUUUUGCAUGCAUACAACUAGGGAUGUGCAUGAACCACGGUUAUAGCUCAUACUAUGAUUUUUUGCUGUAUGUAGGGAUGUACACGAACCUCUGUGCGUGCACAGAUUCAGCGGUGUGGGGAGUGGUGAUCUUUUUUUAAAAAAGAAGAGAUAAGCAUGCAGGUUCCUGCUAUGGUGGCACUUGAACCAAGUACUCGUGCAUGUGACAGGAAGCUGUCUUCACAGCCUCAUUGGUUGACCACAGAAGAAAGGAACCAAGUUUUAUAUGACCUCAAAGGUGCCGGAUGGUCUGAACUUCCUGAAAGAGAUGCCAUAUACAAAGAAUUCAACUUCAAAACUUUCAACCAGGCUUUUGGUUUUAUGACUCGUAUUGCUCUUCAGGCUGAAAAGAUGAAUCAUCACCCUGAGUGGUUUAAUGUGUACAAUAAGGUCCAGAUAACUCUCAUUUCCCAUGACUGUGGUGGGCUGACAAAGCGAGAUGUCAAGCUGGCUCAGUUUAUUGACAGAGCUGCUGCAUCUGUCUAACAACUGGGUGUUGGAACCAUCACAUCAGGACAGCAUUUUCUUUAGAAUGAUUUCCAUUUACAUUGUAUGAGAUGUCUGUUCAGUCUUCUGUACCUUAAAGCUUUUGACCCUCAAAAUUACCAGAUGGCCUCAGAUCCAUACCCGGCAUAUAUGAGUCACCUUUGGAUAGAUGGGAGAGGCUGAAAUAUAAGGAGCGAUUCCUCAAGCAGACAGGAUACUGUUGGUUCAGAGACUAGAAAUGCUGGCAGACAUGUAGACUAAAUUACUGAUGAGUGGUCCCAUUGAAAUUAAUGGGGGAAAUGUUGGUGCUUCUGUGCAUAAAAUUCACUUUGCAUUCAUAGAAAUUGUAAUAUUUUAUUAUAAAGCCUCUGGGGAAAGAGGAUUGAGGUACUCUGAACCCAUCUUGUGUGCCUGUGUAUCACUGGCAGUGUAACUGUUUCCCCUACUGUAUCCUUGGUUACUGCUGAUCAUUCCAUCAGAAUUCCCCAGAGAAAAGAAGGCUCAUAGCAGCAGUGAUCUAGCCUUAGGAGUUGAUUCAAGUGCCACUCUCGCCAGUCAAGGUUGACUUUUGUGCUCUCCCCCUGUAAAGAAAGUAAGCAAAUCUUGUCUUACAUGGGGGUGUGUUUGUGUAUAGCAGCUGAGAGAUGUGGUUGUUAGCAGAAAAAUCUUGCUGGGAAAAGAGUUAGGAAGCCUCUUCUUUCGUCCCUGCCGCUCUCUCACUGUGCCAGUCCUCUGCUCCAGGGUAUAGAUCUUCAAUUGCAUUUAGUUUUGAAAGGGGAAGGCGGGGAGGGGUGGGGGGGGAGAAACUACAUGCAACUGAAUGUCACAUGGGGCAGAUCCACACAUAAUAGCAAGUAUAAUGUUGCUGGCAGCUGAUGUGGGAACCCAGCAGAAUGUCUGCUUGCCAAGCAGCAUUUCCACCUAGCAUCCACCACCCCACUUCAGAUCUUGGGUGCAGAUGUUGGGUGGUGGAGGGAAGCGCUGCAAGAGCAUUGGUGGGUUCACGCACCAUGAAAUAUGCUCAACUUGCAGCUUGCGCCAGGAGCAAGUGCUCACCAGGAACUGACAGUUGGCAGCACCUUAUUUAUUUAACAUAUUUCUAUACUGCCCAAAACUUGCUGGGUGGUUUACAAUUAAAAUUAUUUAAACAUUAAACUCAAUUAAACAAUUAAAAAUUAAAAUACUUAACAUUAAAAUCAGUUUACACCCAACAAUAAAAGUAUUAAAACUAUAAAUCUAAUUAAAGGUCUGAGUGAAUAAAUAUGUUUCCAGUGCCUUUCUAAAAGUUGCCAGAGAUGGGGAGACUCUUAUUUCAACAGGGAGCGCAUUCCAAAGCCCAAGGGCAGCAAUGGAGAAUGCCCAUCCCCGAGUACCCGCCAGACUAGUUGGCAGCCAACUGCUGAUGAACCUCUCCAGACGAUCUUAACAGGUGAUGGGGCUCAUGGUGAAGAAGACGUUCUCUUAAAUACCCAGGGCCUAAGCUGUUUAGGGCUUUAUAGGUAAUAACCAGCACCCUGUAUUUUGCCCAGGAACCUAUUGGCAGCCAGUGUAGUUCUUUCAACACAGGAGUAAUAUGGUCGCUCCUAGAUGUCCCAGAGACAUCUGUACUAGCUGCAGUUUCCGGACUAUGUACAAAGGCUCCACAUAGAGCACAUUGCAGUAGUCCAGCCUAGAGGUUACCAGCAUAUGUACCCUGUAUUCGGUCCGACUUGGACUCCACUAUUUCUGCAGGGUCAAUGAAGGUGGUGUCCAGCAAUCCUUCUUGCAGUAUUAGAUUGGAUCAGUUUCAAUCUGUGGCUCCUGAGGAUGUGGACAAGCUGCUUUGGGCGGUGCAACCUACCAUUUGUUCUCUGGAUCCUUGCCUAACUUGGCUGCUUCUAUCUAGCAGGGAGAUUGUUGGAGGUGGUCUAGUUAAUAUCAUAAAUUGCUGAGGGAGGGUACGGUGUUUGAAGGAGGCAAUGGUUAGACCGCUUCUUAAGAAGCCUUCCCUGAACCCUUAGCGAUAGAUAGUUAUAGGCCAGUCUCCAAUCUCCUUUGGUUGGGCAAAGUGAUUGAGAGGGUGAUGGCCAACCAGCUCCAGGUGGUUUUAGAGGAAGCUGAUUAUCUAGACCCAUUUCAGACUGGCUUUAGAGCAGGCUAUGGGGUUGAGACAGCCUUGGUCAGCCUGAUGGAUGACCUCUACCGGGGAAUCGAUAGAAGGAGUGUGACUCUGCUGGUUCUUCUGGAUCUCUCGGUGGUGUUCGAUACCAUUGACCAUGGCAUCCUUCUGGAUCACCAGGGGGAGUUGGGGUUAGGGGGCACUGCUUUGCAGUGGUUCCGUUUCUAUCUCUUGGAUAGAUUCCUGAUUGUGGAGCUUGGUGACAGUUGCUCAAAAUAGAAGCUGUUAUAUGGAGUCCCUCAGGGCUCCAUUUUGUCACCAAUGCUUUUUAAUAUCUACAUGAAACCGCUGGGUGAGGUCAUGAGGAGUUUUGGUUCUGGGUGUUAUCAAUAUGCUGAUGACACCCAAAUCUACUCCUUUUCAUCUUCGUCAUCAGGAAAUGGCAUUCAUUCCCUAAAUGCCUGCCUACAGGCAGUAGUGGGCUGGAUGAGGGAAAACAGAUUGAAACUGAAUCCAAACAAGAUGGAGGUGCUCAUUGUAGGGGCUCAGAAUUUGAGGGAUGAGUUAGAGCUUCCUAUGCUGGAUGGGGGGUUCCACUUCCUCGGAAAGAGCAGGCAUGCAGCUUGGGAGUACUCCUGCACCCAGACCUCACCCUGGUAUCUCAGGUGGAUGCUAUGGCCAGGAGUGCUUUCUAUCAGCUUCGGCUGAUUUGACAGCUGUGUCCAUUCCUUGAAGAGGAUGACCUCAAAACAGUGGUGCAUCAGCUGGUAACCUCCCGGCUUAACUAUUGCGAUGCACUCUACGGGGGCUGCCUUUGUACAUAGCUCGGAAACGACAAUUAGUUCAAAAUGCAGCAGCCAAAUUGGUUUCUGGGGCAACCCGAAGAGACCAUAUUAUGCUUAUUUUGGAACAGUUCAUAUUAUGACUAUUUUGAACAGACUUAUUAUGCCUAUUUUGAAACUAUUUUGAAAAGUGCUGGUUAUUACUUUUAAAGCCCUGAACGGCUUAAGUUCGAGUUACCUUAGAGAGUGCCUUCUUCUACAUGAUCACCACCACAUGUUAAGGUCAUCUGAGGAGGUCUGUCUCCAGUUAGCACUGGUACGUCUUGGUGGCAACUCAAAGGCAGGCCUUCUCUGUAGCUGCUCCUGGGCUGUGGAAUGUACUCCCUGUAGAAUUUGAAUUCAUUAUUGGCCUUCAGGAAAGCCGUUAAGACUUAUCUGUUGGCCUGGCCUUCCAGAGUUUUAAAAUUGUUUUUAAACUGUAAAUAUUUGGCCAGGGUUUUAAAACUGGUUUUAAAUGUUUUAAUUAUUAACUGGUUUCAUAUUGUUUUUAUCGGUUUUGAUUUUAACUGUUAAUUGAUUUUAAUUGUUUUUAUUUUAAUGUAUACUGCCAUUUUUUGAAGGGCAGUAUAGAAAUCAAAUAAAUAAAUAUGUACCACC